AUGGUUCACAACGUCCUAUUUGAUCCUCCAAUCCCCGAGGGUCAAAGAAUCAAUGUGGGAAACAAUACAAUCAUUGAGAGUAUAGAGAGCAUAUACAAUUUGCAGCUAUUUAAGAAUUUGUUCAUUAUGUAUUUCACAUUCUUGUUGGUUCAGUACAUUUUGAUUUAUGCGUGUGUCCCAUUGGAAGAGAUUGAGAAUCGACCUGCAAUGUGUGUCAUUGCCAGCAUCUAUACAUUGAUCAUGGUACGUGAAACAAAAAGAAAACCGAUACGAAAAAAAUAUAGAUCAACAGGGUUCUGCAACUCCCAGAACCACAUGUGUCAAGACCCUUUUCGUUUUUUUUUGCUAACCAUUUGUUCUUUUUCUUUUUUCCUUUUUUGUUUUCUAUUUAGUUUGCAAUCAAUGCGUCCAUUCUUCCACUAUGUUCCAGCACUAUACCUACUUUACUUUCAUUGAGGUGCUUAUUUUGUUCAUUUAUUUUGGAGGCAGUCGGGAUGUCGUUGAAUAUCACGGCAGUGAUUCAAAACUUGAAUGCGGGCGAAAUGUUCCAAAUUGAAAAACAGAGGGGGUCCGCCAAGAUCACCAGGACCAAUGUCGAAUUGUACGUGAACAUUUUUAGUAUUGGAGCAAUGGUUUUCUCAAUCUUGGCCACCAUGUCGUGUUUUGGACUUGUUGUUGUCUGUGAGAGAGCCUUGGAGUACAUCACUUGCAAAGUCGACCGCAGAACGAUCAAGGCAACGAGGCAGACGCAGAACUUGAUCAGUAGUUUCUCUUUGGCUAGGCUUAACCGUUCCCAAGACAAGUAUUUUGCAAUGUGA